ACCUCUUCUACCUUAUUACCUCAUUUAAAAGAUUUCAUUGGAACCUGUAUUUGCAUGCUCAGAUAUAUUUCUUUUGUGAAGCAUAACAGAAAUGUGUUCUAAUGAUACUAUCCUCAAACCAUUGGACUUGGAUGGGCUUCUGAAGCAUCAGAGUGCUUGCUGCAGUCAUAUUCUGUAGAGGCUGAAGUUUUUAAAAAUGCUCAAGACUGCAUGCCCUGGUUCUUUCCAUGCCUCUUUGUGAGUUUGAUAUAGCUUUGUCGUAUGUUCAGGGCACUGUAAGCCGAGUUGAAAUGUUGUGGUUUCAGAACUCUAAACAGUACUUGUCAUCUAUCACAGAUUUCAGCUGCUCUGUAAUAAUUACCAUGGAAUCUUGCCAGAAGCCAGAUAUAAUGAAGCUGUUGCCAAGAUUGGUUAGCUGUGCUAGCAGUAGCCAGAACUCAUAUUAGUGUUGUUGGUCAUGUUUGCACUAGAGCACAGUGCUUACCAAGUGAGAUGUAGUCCACCUCUCCCCGUUCAGACCUUUGAAGGCUCCCUUUCAACAGGAAAAGGAUAUUGCAGCAGCUUCAAGGAACAGCUGGAGUAUGUGUGCAGGUAGAAAGGGCCCAAGCUGAAUGGGUUAUACCACUUCAAAUUGCAGAAACCGGUAUGCCAAAGCCUAGUAGAAGGAAGAGGAAUAAAAUGUUAAAGAUUGGACAUGGUGGGAUUCUGGAUAGCAGUGCUGCAGGAGUGCUAGUGGUUGGCAUUGGAAAAGGAACUAAAAUGCUGAGCAGCUUGCUGGCAGGUUCUAAGAAAUACACAGCUGUUGGGGAAUUGGGAAAGGCAACUGACACAUUUGAUUCUACAGGCAAAGUAACAGAAGAAAAACCUUACGACUGGAUAACAAAAGAGGAUCUUGAGAAUGUCCUGCAGAAGUUCACAGGCAGCAUCAUGCAAGUUCCCCCGAUCUAUUGUGCCCUGAAGAGAGAUGGACAGAGGUUGUCCACUCUGGUUAAGAAAGGAGAAGUUGUUGAAGCAAAGCCUGCCAGACAAGUUAUGGUCUACAGUCUCACUCUUAGGAGUUUCAAGCCGCCAUUCUUCACGCUUGAUGUUGAAUGUGGCGGCGGCUUUUAUGUCAGAAGCUUGGUCAACGAUAUUGGCAAAGAGCUGUCCUCCUGUGCCACUGUGCUGGAACUGACCCGAACCAAACAGGGACCGUUUACCCUAGAAGAGCAUGUUCUUUAUGAAGACAAAUGGACCAUUGAUGAAAUUGCCCGGUCUCUGGAGUGUUGCAUGCCUCUCCUCCAGGAAGAACCGCCUCGUAAAAAAUUAAAGAUGGAGCUGUCUGAAGAAUGCGCCAUGAACUCUGAAGAUAAGUGAUAAGUCAGGUCAAGGAAAAAGACUGAAUGACUGAGAUGUUUUAAGAUUGCUCUGGGAUUGUCUUGUCUUCCCCUGUAAAUUUACAAUCCAGUGCGUGGAGGAUGACAAAUUACAAUGCAAUGAAAAUGA